CAUUCCUUGCUUUCUGUAUACAUUUAGCAGUUUAGUUAAUUAGGUGCACCUGUGCCGUUUACUGUGGGGAAAUGGGCUUACAACAAGUGUGCACCCAGUGGCCACAUGGGCCAACAAGGAACUGGUGACGCACUGGAAAACUAAGUUCGACAAGCUACCGUAUGUCACUGUGGGGAAGUUUCUGAAGGCUGUGAUUGGAUGAUUUGAACACAAUUAGCAGCAGCACAACACAGUGGCAGAGAAGUGGUGGGUGGGCCUUCAGUGCCUCAGGAUCUGUGCCCUCUGGACACCCACAUACCGAGCACUACAAUGAAUUUUGCACCUUUUGUCCCCAUGGCUACACAGCAAGAGAGGCUACGUGGCCCAGUUCAGCUGUCUCUCUGGGGUAAUAGGCAGACAUUUCUUACUUCCCGAUACAGUGCAGGGAAAGCAUUUUGUUUGUGAGUAUAUGCACUUUGAAUAACCUUGCAUGAAAAAUUAGCCAUAAGAAUUUGUAAAAAAGUAAAAAACUUGUAGUGAAUCACACCCGCUGUUUGUUAAAGACUGAAAUUUAGAAAUUUGGCUAAAAUUAUGUAUGGAGUUAAAGAUCAGUUACUCAUCAUUCAAAGUCAGAAUAUAACGAGUAGUUACUACAAAAGCCUCAAAAGUGUUACUAUUAUUCUAAUAAAAUGUUAUUUUAAAUGAGCUGAAAAUUCAAAUGGGGGGAAAAAAAUGCAUUUUGCUUAAGUUUCCAGUAGUAAAUAAAUUAAAUACUAAGUCCAUGCUGCAUUAUAUUUUGUCAUAAAUGUGGUAGGAGUAUAUGGGUUUAUGUGGCAGGUACAAUAAAAAUUAUUUCAGUGUUAUUUUUAGCAAUAGUGAUGAACUCUCAAAAUAAAAAAAAAACUGGCCAAGGGAAAUUAGAGUUUUUCUUUUGGUAUCUCUAAGCUUCCAUACUAUACAGACUCAGCUUUCAUAGAUAACAGCUAAUUGUGUUGCAUUGUUUUUAUUUCAGAUUGCUUAAGUUUAUCAGAAAAGUAACAAUUAACCAAUUGUAUAACAUUGGAAGAUGGUGAGGGGCUUUAAUCCUCAUGCCAAACAGCUGCAAAUGCAUGUUUCAUUAAGUGUAGUCUAAUAGUAAGGUAAUAUAAAAUACACCAGAAGUAGAUAAAAUACCAUUGUGUCUUUGAGGAUCAUGUAUUUACAAAGGGUAACAACUGGAACGUUAUGAUUCGCACUUGUAAUUAAAAUUAUAUGAAACAUUACAAUAUUAGUGGUAACAUCAAAACCAGGACACUAAUUGGUUUUCAAAGCAUAGUUAUGUGUCUAACCAUAUCUACAUUUGUUCUUUUAUAUGUAUGCAUGAAAUGGUAAAUAAUUAUAUGUGUGGGUGGUAAAUGUUCACAUGAAUGUGGGGGGGAAAAACCUGAUAAUGGUGACAAUCAAAAUUACAGGGGUGACACUUUUAUUUCUAUUUACUGUCCUGGAUGUUUUUCAUUCUCCUUAUUGUGCUAACUAAACACAAGCUUAAUAAAUUAAGCAAACACCUUAUAUCUGAUGAUGUGUGUAACAUUUUUGAAGGGCAGAUAAGAGAAAACAAAAUGUACACCUGCAUUUGAAAUGGUCUCUUCCACUAUUCUGCAAGCCUCCCCUGAAUGAGUCAUCCAGCUGGCUCCUCAUUGGAUAAGACCAUGCCAUCCCUAGGGAUUGCCUUGCAGAGGCAGAAAGGCCUUGCUUCCAUUCACAGAAAUAUUGUAUCAUCGCCACUGGAAACCAAACCGGCUACAUCACAACACUGGCAGCCUUUUUGAGACCUUUUGCUUCAUCCUCUUCUUCCUCUGCUUCAGUUUUGUGCUUCCAUGGAUUGGGGCUGUAUAUUUUUCUCUAACGGAUUGAAUUGCACUUCAGGGUUUUACUGAGGACAGACUGGACUUUGGCGACAACAGCAGCAGCAACUCAGCACAACCAGCACUGUAACCUCAGUAAAGAAAAUUAGUCAGGUGGCCUGUGAUUGCUAAAAGGUGUUUGCUGCCUCUACUGCUGCUGCCAUGUUACAGGAGAGGGUAAUCAGUACGGCUCAGCCACAUCUGCCAGCACACUUGUGAAAAAGGCAGGCUGUGCAUGUCAGUUGGUGAAGAGAGGGGAGAGAGCAAGAGAGAGAAGGGUAUGCUUCACCGUACCAAAUACAACCGCUUCAGGAAUGAGUCAGUAACCUCCGAUGAGCUUCUCCACAGCCUGCCUAUGAACCCCAAGGUCUCGGCCCCCCCCCAGCCUGUAGCCGAGACAUCUUAUACACCCCCGACUGAGGUCCAGUCCACCACCACCACCACUGCCUCCUGCACCUCCACCAGCCACGGCUCUGACCACCUGGAAGAUGGAGGUACCACCCUCUGUACCCUCAUCAACAAGGUGUCCAACUUGAAAUUCAGUAACUCGGGCAGCUUGCUGGGCAUCAAGGGUCUGCCCUCGGCUGUCAAGGACCUGGCUGUGUCUAAGCUGCAGGGGGGUGGGGGAUCAGGCUCAGGCGGCUCCAGUGGCCCGAGCCCCAGUGCAGCGACGGCAGCAGCAGCCUCUGGUGUGGGCGGCUCUCUGUGCAGCUUGGCCUCCCAUUCAACCCCCUGCUCCCAGCUGGAGCCAGCUGUCAACAUGAGCAAGAAGAGCAGGUUGGACGAGCUCCAGCCUGGUGGAGAUGACUGGAAUCUAGGUGGGGGUGGUGGACUGGUGAGCAAACCCUCCAGAGGAUGGCUACACUCAAGCGAGAAGAUCUCUGGUCCAGGAGUGACAUACAUUGUGAAGUAUCUGGGCUGUAUAGAAGUCCUUCGGUCAAUGAGGUCCCUGGAUUUCACCACAAGAUCACAAAUAACAAGGGAAGCCAUCAGCCUGGUGUGUGAAGCUGUUCCAGGGACCAAGGGAGCUCUGCGGAAGAGAAAGCCACCAUCCAAAGCUUUAUCCAGUAUCCUGGGCAAGAGCAACCUGCAGUUUGCUGGCGUGUCCAUCAACCUCAAUAUCUCCACCAGUAGCCUCAACCUGAUGACACCCGACUGCAAACAGAUCAUAGCCAACCAUCAUAUGCAGUCUAUCUCCUUCGCAUCAGGUGGAGACCCUGACACAACAGAUUAUGUUGCCUAUGUAGCAAAGGACCCUGUCAACAGAAGAGCAUGUCACAUCCUGGAGUGCUCUGAUGGUCUAGCCCAGGAUGUCAUCAGUACCAUCGGUCAGGCUUUUGACCUCCGCUUCCAGCAAUACCUGCAAUGUCCCUCAAGCAAGUUGUCCUCUACACAUGACAGGGUAUUAAACAUGGAGGAAUUGCCAUGGACAGAGGAAGAGGAGGAGCCCGCAGAACAUCCUUACUAUAACAACAUCCCUGGCAAGAUGCCCCCUCCUGGAGGCUUCAUUGAUGCACGGCUGACCAAUCAGAAUGCAUCACCCGAUGGCUGUCAGUUGGGCCCAGGUGCAGUAGAUCAGACAUAUUACCAAGGACGCCACUGUGGCGAAAACUGGGGAGAUGAAAGAAAGUCCACAUUCAUAAACCAGGGAUCAUUUGAUAUAGCCAGUCUGCCUGAGAGUAAAGCUCCGCCACCAAAAACAGCAGAGAUGCCUGCAUAUGUGAACACCCAGCACAUUGACGCCCAGGUACUGGCAGCACUCCAGGCAGAGGGGGACAGUGUGACAAAGGACAUGGCGGCUGCAGCCAAAGAAAGCCCACAGAAGGACCUGUUUGACAUGACAAACUGCAACAUUUGCACCACAAAACACAGUGCAGAGCCCUUUGAGGAUGCCAUUCAGUCUCAGUCCCAUCCACUGUCCCAGGGGCAAGCCCAGCCCCAGGUGUCGGGUCUUCACAAGGUAGCAUCUGUGGACAACUCAAGCCCACUUCUCGUGCGCUCACUGGCUUUGCGGGCACAGGAGGAGCUGGAGGGCCAGGCAUGGUACCAUGGCAAAAUGAGCCGCCGUGAUGCUGAAAAACUGCUGACGGAAGACGGAGACUUUCUGGUUCGUAAGAGCACCACCAACCCAGGGUCCUAUGUACUGACAGGCAUGCACAAUGGACUUGCCAAGCACCUCCUGCUGGUGGACCCUGAAGGCACGGUAAGGACAAAAGAUCAUGUAUUUGACAGCAUUAGCCACCUUAUUGGUCAUCACCGUGACAACAGUCUGCCAAUUGUGUCAGCUGGGAGUGAACUGUGUCUCCUUCAGCCUGUUGGAAGGAAACAAUGAUGCUUGCAAUGCCCGAUGGGAAAUAGGAGGCUCUGAGCAGUAUCGCCUACCAUCCUGAGACUUGAAGAUGAACCAUUAGGAGAAGAUGCUUAAAGGCUUGAUGUGCUGACAGUGUUCUGGGAAAAACUGGCCUGCAGUUACUUUACUGGACUCACUGGAGACCACAAGAUUUGUUUAAAAUAAAAUAAAUUAUUUAUAGAACUGUUAUUUUACCGCGAUGACUGAAAUGCUAUAUUUUUGAGAGGAAAUUAUCUUGAUCUGGUGAUUUAAAAAUUAAAAAAGACAGUUCUUGUAGUUUAGACAAAGUGCAAAUCAAACCUCCAAGAGGUGUUAAGAAUAUUUUAGAAUAAAAACAAAUUUUAGUUUUGUCUGUCAAGCACAACCUCAUUUCUACAGGAACUGUUGGCUAAGAGAUCGAGGGAAUAGUUUGGACAACAAAUGCUGUUUCUAAUGAAUUGGUGUAAGAAAAAAUGUCCUUUAAUCUCACCCGUAGUGUGACAGCUCACUCAGUCACUAGAUGAAACCAGUUUUGAUUGGGGAUAAGAACUGAAUGUGUUGCUUUGCAGUGGUUAGCAUUGGGGUGCAAACAGAUUUCCUUCAUAGUGCUGUCAUUGGCUUUAAAGAACCUUUUUUCUAAAGUAAUUUCUUGUGUCAAAGCAGUCGCAUGACUUAAGUCAACUGUUCUUGUGGACCUUGUUUGUAGACCUUGAUACCACUUUAUUUGAAAGAGGUGCUUGUGUAUGCUGACACUGUAAAAUAUUUAUGCUUUUCAACCAGUGAUUAUUUCUGAAUUGGUUUUCUUCAGGUUCUUCUUUUAGGUGUGUAGUCGGUGAUUAGUUUCUGGGGGCUUGCAAUGAAUAUUCUCACAUUCUCAAUUAACAUUUUUGACAUUUUUGUAAACUUUUAAAAGUUGUUUGAAUGAUCACAAAUGAAUAGCACAAUCAGAAAGUUAGAUCCGUGUCAGUUGUACCAAGAUGAAUUGCCAGUAGGCGUAAUUUACACUUAAACUGCAUCAGACAAAGGUUGAAUUCAUGCACUGUGCACUCAAUGCAGAAUGUUCAUCUUCACUUAUUGAUGGUAAAAAGAUUUUAUUUCCCAGUUUGGAGAUCUUAUGGCAUGACUACUAUAUUGCCACAGGUGUCAUCAUAGAAGCACUUGUUCACCUGUCGAUCACAUGCACUUAAAUUCCUUUUUUUUUUUUUUAUCACUUAAAGGUAACAAAGAAUGUUAUCUAGCUGUGUGUUGCUUUGAUAUGGUACAGGGGAAAUUUUCAGAAGCUUGACAGAUCAGAGCUAAUUUGCAUUUUGCAGUCCAUUGUACACAAAACAGUUUACUCUUUGUGUGGAGUGGGGAUCAAACCUGUUUAAAAUGCUAAUAGAAAUAGUACACAGACUAUUAAAAUGCUCUUAUCCCUACUACUGCCAGUACUCUGAUGGAAACCAAAUGAAUGGGGCAUCGGAUUCGAUAUGCACCAGACCAUUUCAGUUGAGCCAAAAUACGCAUGUGUUCAAUGAGUUUCACAAGACAGAUGCAAUGUAACAUAAUGUGCCUGUAUUUUGCUGCAAGAGGGAGUGUAAAGUACAUGUAUUUAAUGACAUAGUGUUGAUUGUUAGAAAACAAAAUGUCCACCAGAUCCAUUUUGGUUAGAACCAGUUAAGACCACCUUGAUUCCUUGCAUCCCAUAUGUCCUAAUUUUCUACUCGGGAUUCCUUUAGGGGAAAAAAUGACUGAGAGGAAGGAUGAGGGAAAAGUGACAAGGGUGCAAAGAAUUAUGGGUGUUUUUGACACAUGAACUUUUAAUUCAUUUGAUUAUUUGUGACUUUCAUCAAAUCUAGCUUGGGGAAAAGAAAUGCGCAAAAUUUUUACAAAGAACUAUGCUAAUGUAAAGAAUUAUUUUGAGCUCGGUUUAUUUUUUAAAUGCAAAUUUGUACAACCACAUCAGCAACGUUUUGAACAAAGCAUAUAUACAGCAGGAGCAGCUCCAUACUUGGAUCUCUCCGAUAACAUGAUGAUUAGUUGUGUGGCAUAAAGAAACUACAACUGAACAUGUGGGAAACGGAUGAGGACAUGGCUGCUUUCCAGAUUUCUGUUGAUGAAAAUGUGCCUUUUAUUUGUACAAUGUGUUUUUAUUUCGCUUUAUCUCUCUUCAAAGUGCAAUAGCUGAUCUUCAGUUGGGUAUGUGUGUUCACUAGAAGUCAUGUUUUGCUCUGCUGCGUGUCACUGCUUAGGACUACCGUUUUCUCUCUGUCUCUCCCUCCCUCUCUAUUACAGUAUAUAUGAUAAAUGUAUCAUUUCCAGAUUCUAGAUAUAAACCUUUGUCAGAGGGAAUUACACAGAAAAAUUACUAUUUUGGAACAGGUAUAGGAAAAAAGGAAAUAAAAACAGUCCAAAUAAUGUUUUACAGAUUUAAUCUUUUGGUUGUUUUGGAUUUAACAUUAUAAUGUAUGACUGUUGGCAAUAAAACCGUGAAUGUGUAGAA